GCCCAAGCUACUCGCCUGCUGAAGCUACGGCAUCCAGGGGAGAAAAGCAACCUGGAAUUUAUAGUGAAGAUUGCAAUCUGGCAAUGCGGAAAUAGAUGGACGUUUCGAGUAACCGAGUUGGCAUUCCACUCCUGGACUGAAGACCCGAGAGUUAGCACCAGAUAAAAAAAAGGAUUGCAAUUCAGUGAUACAAUAUUCAACUCUUCGUAUUAUUUAGUUCCAUUGGCAUACAGAGCUAUACUUUCUGGUGCACGGACAGACGCAGACGAGGGUCAGAAGAAUAUAUAUUUUUGUAAACCCCUCACUAUACAAAAGUGGGGUUGUCUUUUAUUCUGGUGGAUCAAAGUUAAUUGUUUUCAAAUCGCGCAUCAACAUGGACGUGUUGGCGAAUUACAGUAUUUUUCAGGAACUCCAACUCGUGCAUGACACUGGCUAUUUUUCUGCGAUGCCUUCGCUGGAGGAGAACUGGCAGCAGACGUGUCUGGAGUUGGAGAGGUACCUGCAGACAGAGCCCAAGCGUCUAUCGGAGCUGUUCGAUGAGGAGCUGGACUGUCUCCUGGCACCAGCCUUCAUGCAGGGCGCUGACAGCGACGAAGACCUGAUGGACCCCCUCCUCCCCAGCCUCCCAGACCAGCCCAGCCCGCCUCCCCUCCUCUCCCUGCCCCGAGUUCUACAGGUCCCCCAGGCCAGCAACAAGCCUUCCGGAAAAGAGUCCGGAGCGAAAACGGCCAAGGAAGGGGUCAACGGGGUCAACGCCGCCCAGCUGAGCGCCGUCACGUCCCUCACGCCGCCCUCCUCGCCGGAGCUGGGCCGCCACCUGGUGAAGCCCACGCAGACUCUCACCGCCACAGCCGACGGCACGCUCACGCUCAAGCUGGUGGCCAAGAAGGUCGGGCUGAACGCGGCCAAGCUGGUGGCGACGCAUGCCACGAUACCGUCGCCGCCCGGCAGGGGGGCGCACAGCGACAGCGAGCAGGGUUCUGGAUCGCUGGGGGGCGACAUGCCGGAGAACAAGAAGAGGGUCCACCGCUGUCAGUUCAACGGCUGCAGAAAGGUUUACACCAAGAGUUCCCAUCUGAAGGCACACCAGAGGACACACACAGGUGAGAAACCAUACAAGUGCUCCUGGGAAGGUUGCGAAUGGCGUUUCGCCCGAAGCGAUGAGCUGACGAGGCACUACCGCAAACACACCGGCGCCAAGCCCUUCAAGUGUAAUCACUGCGACAGGUGUUUCUCCAGGUCGGAUCACUUGGCCCUGCACAUGAAGAGGCACAUCUAAGGGGGAAGGACGGGGGAGAGUGAGGAAGAAGAGAGAGAGGAGAGAUAGAAGGAGAGAAGAAGGCAAAAUGGAAGAUGAACCACACACCAGCUUUGGCUCUCACCGUCCCGAUGCUGCAUCCGCCACCGCAGAGACCGACCUGAGACCCGACACGCUGGUCAGACCGACGCCACGACCCGGGACGGACAGGUGGAGUGAUGGAGUGGAAGAGAGGAGGAGGAGCUUGUUGUCUCUGAUGCACACCUCUAUACUCGACAGUCAAUAAACAAACGCUCUUUGAUUACGUCAUCCGAUGAACCAUACCGCGGUCGGAUCCCGGCUUGGGAAUUCAGACACUGCCAAACCGGUACGCUGAUCCAGUUACCGCUCAUUUCCUGUCUACUGUUUCUUUUCUGUACAUUUAAACUACGGAGCGGCUUUGGAAAGGAGAUGGUUCAUCGAAAAUGUACUGCUAAACUUUGACAAGCCAGCCGUUGAUGACUUGCGGAAGCAACAGCGGGCCUCCAAACCCGCGGACACCUAGUGGUAUGUUUUAUUCCACCUUGGUGGGUUUUUGUGUGUCUGUUGUAGAAAAACCCGCAGCUAGGCGUCCACCCUCGGCGUGCUAUACCGUGUGAAAUAACCACAAUGCCAAAACAGCGAGACUAGAGAGACCAAUGAAACUAGUGGCCAAUCCACCAGUGGGCGCCCCCUGUCUGUGGGAGUAGAGUCGGACACUCUCAGAGAGUGAGCUCUUCGAACCAUUUGGGCACCACACUUCUCAGGCUCUCCAGUAGGAGGCGCUCUGCUCUUCUCUCUCACCUUCACGCCUGACACCUCACAGGCAACUACUAACAAAUGCGCAGCGACACUUUCUUGCCUUUGUUUUUUAAAGACAAUUAACUAUUAUUAUUAUUAUUAUUAUUAAGAAUGAUGGUCUGUUUUCUCUCAGCUGAAAUGUCUUAAAAAUUCUCUGAAUGAAAAAAUAAAAAUAACGAAAACAUUUUGCAUACAAACAAGGAAGAAUGUGCACAUAUGGCAGGACGGGAGGAGCAACAAAAAUGAACGCGCCCCAACCCGUAUGCACAGGUUAAACUCAGUAGCUGCUAUCUAGCACUGACAGCUAAGGAGAUGGGAAAACAAAAAAAAUUGUCACAUGAAGAAAAAGGAUUUGUAUUGUUGGCCUGAAAUGAAAGAGAAAGACCAAUUUUUUCCACUCUCUGUUUUUCUCCCAUGUGGUCCAGCUGAAGACGAACCUUGGCAUCAGCCUGAACAGAAAACUGGAAAAGUUAGUUUUGCUUUGUUGUGUGGAUUCUGGAAUUCAAUCAUGGAUCCUCAUCUCUUCCACUAGCGAGGGGGAGGGACUUGGGACGCUGCUCUGCGGUGACCGCAUCCCCUUUUUGGGAGACUAAGCACCCGAUAGGCUACGGGACAUGAUCCUGGGACUAAACACACCCAAUGCUCUGGGUGGUAGAAAGGACAACAUGGCCUCAUAAGCCCGAAGGGACUUGCCUGUUUCGUAUCCAUUGUCUGCACUGACCUUUUCAAUGUUAUCUGUGCUUUUUUUCAUACAGUACAAAAAAAAACUGAAAAAAAGGAUACAAGGAAAAAAAUUGCAUAAAAAUACUGAAAAAAAUACAACACAAAAAAAAUCUGUCUCUUUCACACACACACUCUGUCUUUUUUCAAACACACUCUGUCCUUUUCGCACAGCGUACAGGCACACACAAACACUGACACACUGAACUGUUUCUUUGCUCGUGGCUCUUCUUUGAGAUGACUUAAAAAAACACAGGAAAAUAAUGAUCGAGUUAAUGAACAGAGUUGGGGAAACAAAACACUGCAUGGCAGUCUCUCACACACACACUUAGCUCGCUUCCCGGAAUUAUUUAUUCUGCUCAAAAUUUUUUGCAAUAGGGUUUUUCGCAAUUGUUGUUUUAUAAAAGAUCUUAUUCUGCUGGAGGUAAUAGCUUUUUUUUUUCCUUUCUUUUUAUUUUGUGGCUUUGAAGUGAGAAAACGAGCUCGUUCUUAUGUUCAAACAAUCACCAUGAAUCAGGCUUAGGGCCUCUCGGGUCUGUGUAUGUUAACAAUCAGCUUCUAAAGCAUGGGACCAGAUUAUUCUGCAGUCUGCCCCAAGUCUAUGAAGUCCUACAAAGCCUUGCAAUCAGGGCAUUAAUCCCAAUUCCACUAGAAGUAAUACUGUACCUCUUCCAUCACCCUGGCCUCCUCGCACCAGUCAUAACGGCUGAUGCCAAUACAGUCUCUUUAGUACGUGUAACAGCCAUGCCGGACUCUACUAGACGAUCCCAGAGCUGCCCUCAGGAGGGCCAGUGGAGCUCAGAACAAUCGAUACCAAAAACCUCCAGCGCGGAACUGCCCUUGAGCCACGGGCAGGGUCUGGCACAGAACACACUGGCAUCCGGGAAGCCGAGCGCCUCCAUACCAGGCCUAUGGCACCACUGCUGAGCCAGCUCUUUCUCUACAAAACACAAAACGGUCUCCUGACAACAAAAAGACAACGUAAAACAAUAGAUUAACACGAUUUGCUGUUUCGCUAACACUUUUUAGUUGGAACUUCUUUCUUGUAGUUUCGGUUUUGGUUUAUAAGCACUACAAUUACUAUUUCUGUUGCCAUGGUGGAUGACACAAGGUCAUGCAAAAAUGUGAGAAAUGGGGCGGGGGGGGGGGUGAACAAACCCCCCUGCAUACAAUCAUGCGGUCGUUGUUUUUUGUGGGGGGCUUUUUUUGCUGUAUUUGUCUGUGUGUCCCAUGCAAGCUUUUUAAAUGGAAUCCAACAGGAACAUCGCAAAUCUAAUCUGCAGUGCGAGAAACAAUAGCACUACUAGUAGUGUCUUGGGGUGAAACCAACAGGGAGACUGGGAUUGUACUGUAUGUUGGUUGACCCAUUCACUUAAGGAGAGUUAACAAAGGCUGAAAAGAACACUUUUUCGUUUGGUUAUCUGACAUUUUACAUUAUUUUCCUCCCACCCGAAUCCAAUUAGUUUGUGAUCACAGGUCUGGAUGGUGUGGAGAAAAAGAACAUGCAAACUCAACAAAACCCAUCCCCAAAACGCCCCCACCCACCCAUGCUGCUCGCAGGCAAAUGAAUACGUUCAAACCCUUUCGUGGUUACAGGAAAUGGAUGAAGCCCAAACGGACCUAGCAGCGCACGGUUUCAAUAAAUCCAAAUUAGUCCAACUGAAGUCCACUAGUGUACACAUUUACCGAUUGCAAACCCCACCUCAAAUGAGAUGUCCUAUUUCGGUGCUGUGGCAGUCCCCCUAAGUAACUAGCUUGGCCCAUUUCCCUGUCCCAGCCUGUUAAAACACUGUCUGCUGUUAUGGAGAUGCUCUGUCGCUUCCCGGGGGCUAGUGUCCCACAGCUCUGAUUAGCACUGGAGCUGCAGGCUGCUCUGUGGAGGCUCCUCUAUUCUUUACGGUCAUACUCAACUAAUGAGAAAGGCUUUUGGUCACAGGCAAACUGAGAGGUCUGAGGGAAAAAGCAGCAGGGAUAAGAGGAGCCAAAAUGGUUUCAUUUUAAUGGUCCACAGUACUGUUACAAUCCCAGCAGGCAGUCAGCCACAGAACAAACAUUACAUUAGCAGCAUCUUAUCGUAAAGCCAGAGAUAUAUAUAUUUAUUUGAGAAAGUGAAUGAAAUUGAAGAGAUAUUUUUGACUAGAAAAAAAAUUGUUUACCCCAGGGAUUAACCAAAUGAGGAUGAUAUUAGCCCUACUUUUCGUCUCAUGGACUUGCGAUUGAAAUGAGAUUAUGAUGAAUCCUUACGGGCCAUUUUAGCUAUUUACUACACAGAUCCCCCCCUCCCCCACCCUGCACUCUACAAGUGCCAUUAUAAUAGCCCUCUAUCCCGUUUUCCAUCUGUCCGUUUCUCUCUCAACGACACCAUAGCAGUGAUCCUUGCGCAGUAAACUGCAGGAAUGCCGAAAUGCACACUUACACACUCUUGCCCAAAGAUUUGCAGGUUUGCAAAGUGAACUGCUGUGAACGAGAACCAAGAGAGAGCAGAGAAAUAAUGCCAUUGUUUUACUGCCCGCUACUAUUGCGUCAUUAUGGUCCCCCUCCUUGACCCUCACCCAACGUCUUCAAGCAUCACAAUCUCUGUCUGACGUUCACUGUGGCCCAACUCAUGGUCCGUUCAUGGUUGUAAAAUAUGGUCGUACGGUCUCUAUAGGAUGCCCAGUUUGAGGGCGACUUAACUAGCAGCCUACCAGUUCUAAUGUAGACUUAGUUCCACUAGUUUUGUAGUACAGUGAAGUCUAAUAUUUCAAACUGUUACAUCUGAGGUGGACUGAGAUCGAGUCUGUGAGGUUAACUGUUGCCGGUUACAAACAAAUGCUCAGAUUCUUUUUUUUUUUACAUCACACACCUUAAGCAUUCCCCAACCUUGGCAGCUUUCUAGAUGAUUAAAAUAGUACUUCUCAGAAUCUGUGACCUGGUAUGGGUGAUGACUUGUUUACAUUAGGUCUGACCAUGAUCCUAUAGACCACUAGGAGGUCCAUACAGUUGUUAGACCUAUGGUAAACCCUGUUCAAAAGCACUCUUAAGGCAGGUAUGUCAAACUGGUUUUGCCCCCGGGCCGGGGAGGGGAGGGGUGGGCAUUCGACCUUCAACAUGUUCCAGAGGGAUGCACUCAAAUGUCUUGCCGUCAACAUUUUCUAAAAUGUUUCUCUGACCGUAGUGUUUGGAAUUUUUUAUGACCUCUGACUGGAUUUUAUUUUGGUCACUUCAAUGAUAUUUACCAAACUGGACACAGUAAAAAGUUCAAUAAAACAUUAUGAAUAUAGGUCCAUUAUCAUUUCUGCACGGUUUCGAAGUAUAUUGAGUUGAUUUCAUUAUUUUACUGAAAUCCCCUCUAGGCCAGAUUGGCCCCCCCGGCAGGCCAGAUCCAUCGUGUGGGCUUGGCUAUGUUUGACACCCCUGCUCUUGGUGGAACUUAAGGGAGGUAUUCUGCACUACUAGGCAACAGUGCUUCAUCGUUUUGGCUCAUACAUCUCGCACACUUAUAAUGUUCCUGUUCUUCUAGCUUCGUAAUCAUACCAUUUCACCAAAUGAACUUACUGCACACACUCCAUAGUGUAACUACUUACAUACCGCUACCAUAGUCCUGCACUCAAAUGACAAAUAUCCACAUAGCAUGUUGUGACACUUCCUGAUGCACUUAACCACAAUAACCAAUUAGGGAGUUCCCAUUUAGUUCAGCCAAUCAAACUGAUAGGUUAUCAGCAUGUCACAGACCCCUGCUGUCAUGAGACAGCAAUAGCCAUUGGGUACAGUGGGAUAACAGGUUCUUUUGUUCAUCACUGUAUACUACUUGGGGGGAUAAAACAUUCUUGUAACAGGUUUGGUUCUGUUAGGGAUAAUGAAAGUAAUGGUUCUGGUGGUGUAUAAGCGUCAGGAAGACUGUCUAUAUCUGCUGUGCUUUGUCCAUAUGUGAUGUGUCAUUGUAUAAGGGUUAAUCUGUAACCCCUGUCUCCAUCUGUAUCCCUCUGCCUCAACCCAACCCUGUCUGUCUGUAUCCCUCCGCCUCAACCCAACCCUGUCUGUCUGUAUCCCUCUGCCUCAACCCAACCCUGUCUAUCUGUAUCCCUCCGCCUCAACCCAACCCUGUCUAUCUGUAUCCCUCCGCCUCAACCCAGCCCUGUCUAUCUGUAUCCCUCUGCCUCAACCCAGCCCUGUCUAUCUGUAUCCCUCUGCCUCAACCCAGCCCUGUCUAUCUGUAUCCCUCUGCCUCAACCCAGCCCUGUCUAUCUGUAUCCCUCUGCCUCAACCCAGCCCUGUCUAUCUGUAUCCCUCUGCCUCAACCCAGCCCUGUCUAUCUGUAUCCCUCUGCCUCAACCCAGCCCUGUCUAUCUGUAUCCCUCUGCCUCAACCCAGCCCUGUCUAUCUGUAUCCCUCUGCCUCAACCCAACCCUGUCUGUCUGUAUCCCUCCACCUCAACCCAGCCCUGUCUGUCUGUAUCCCUCCGCCUCAACCCAGCCCUGUCUGUCUGUAUCCCUCCGCAUAAACCCAACUCUGUCUCUAUGUCCCUCUCCUUAACCCAACCCUGUCUCUAUGUCCCUCUCCUUAACCCAUCCCUGUCUCUAUGUCCCUCCUUAACCCAACCCUGUCUCUAUGUCCCUCUCCUUAACCCAACCCUGUCUCUAUGUCCCUCUCCUUAACCCAACCCUGUCUCUAUGUCCCUCUCCUUAACCCAACCCUGUCUCUAUGUCCCUCUCCUUAACCCAACCCUGUCUCUAUGUCCCUUUCCUUAACCCAACCCUGUCUCUAUGUCCCUCUCCUUAACCCAUCCCUGUCUCUAUGUCCCUCUCCUUAACCCAACCCUGUCUCUAUGUCCCUCUCCUUAACCCAUCCCUGUCUCUAUGUCCCUCUCCUUAACCCAACCCUGUCUCUGUAUCUUUCCUUUGACCCCAAUCCGUAUCCCUCCAACAGUGGGCCCCAGAUCUCCUACUGUGAGAAGUGGGGACAGGGACCUAGUGGGACUGUCCAUAGAGAAAGUGUACAUCUUGACACAUUUCCAUGUAUCUCUAUGUCUUCCUGGGGUGUUUGACAUGUGUCCAGCUCGGGUGAGUUAGAGUAGUAUACUGUCUAUUCUAUUCACCUUGUGCUAAAACUAGACAGACAGAGCCAGGUUGUACAACCGUAAUAACUAUCUCAGUCAAAUGGCCGCCCAUAGAAAUAAAGUUAGUCAAAUUGUAACAAUAUAUAGUAAUUAUAUUUCUAUGGGGACACCCAUCUAGUCAACAACACACCUCCCUCUGUAGAACAGAGCAAAACCCAGCGGUGCUUUUCUGAGACCUACCGUCUACCGAACGGCCAAGCCUCCCCGUGGCAGUUUAGUCCUAGUCCAGCCUACACCUGUCCCCCUUUAGUCAUUCACUUCUCCCCACCAGACCCCUCCCUCUCUGCACCUCCCCCUCUCCUUCACUUUCUCCUCGCCCGUCCACCUUCCUACCGCUUCCUCCUGUCAUUGUCAUGGUUACUUCUUUUUUUUUUGGUUUUCUCUUGGGUUCUUAAUUUCCUUGUUUUUUUUUUUUGUUUUUUUUUUGCUGUACAAAGUGUUUAAAAUAUUAUUAUUUGUAUUAUAUGAUGUUAGUAUGGUAAUGUUCUUUAUUAAGGAAGAAGAAAAAUUUAUUUUUGUUACUGGUCUGUUUCAUAAUUCUUUUUUAAAUUGGUAUUGUAAGAUAUCUAUGCAAGAACUGUUCAGUGGAGCAUUUUUAUUUAAGAAUGUAAUAUGUGUAAUAAAUGGUAGAAUCUA